CGCUGGGAGCGGCUCCUUGUCCCAGGCGCGCGGGGCGCUCCCGCGAACCCCGCGGGUUGCACGUUUUCAAAAAAUUCCUAAUGGUGAAAAUGAGACAAUGAUUCCUGUACUGACAUCAAAAAAAGCAAGUGAAUUACCAGUCAGUGAGGUUGCAAGCAUUCUCCAAGCCGAUCUUCAGAAUGGUCUAAACAAAUGUGAAGUAAGUCAUAGGAGAGCCUUCCAUGGCUGGAAUGAGUUUGAUAUCAGUGAAGAUGAGCCACUAUGGAAGAAGUAUAUUUCUCAGUUUAAAAAUCCCCUUAUUAUGCUGCUUCUGGCUUCUGCAGUCAUCAGUGUUUUAAUGCAUCAGUUUGAUGAUGCUGUCAGUAUCACUGUGGCAAUACUGAUCGUUGUCACAGUUGCCUUUGUUCAGGAAUAUCGUUCAGAAAAAUCUCUUGAAGAACUGAGUAAACUUAUGCCACCAGAAUGUCAUUGUGUACGUGAAGGAAAAUUGGAACAUACACUUGCACGAGACUUGCCAAGGAAUGACCCAAUAUGUGUUGGUAGCAGUAACCUUACCAACUUAGCUUUAGAGUCGCUGGUGGAGCUGGGAUUGAGUAAAACUUAG